AUAAGUAUAAGUGAAUCUAGUUUAACACCACACUCUAAUUUUCUCAUCAAACAAAGCUCAAACUCUGUCGUAUCCAGGUUUUUUGGUUUUGUGUCGAUGGAUAUGAAGGUGAUGGAGUUUUCUAGUUUCUGGUUAUGUGUUGAUGAUAUGGAGACUGAUCGAGCUUGACUUUUCUGGGUGGGUUUGUGUUGUUCAGAAGGAGAACAUGAAGUAGUAAUGAGUGGAGAAGGGAAAAUUAGUUAAGAGAGGGAGCAUAUCAGCAUGUGUUUUGUAUCUAGAGAUUUUGUAUUUUUAGAGGCAAUACUUCUACUAUUGUUUGGUACAACAUGCUCAAGUUCCUUUGUGAAGGCCGAAGAUAAAAUCAAAUCAGCUGUUUUUCUGUCCCCUAAGUUUGAACUUGGACCUGGAUCAGUUAUCAAUAAACAUUAUUAUGAUAUUGAUUUUCCAAGAGGGCAUAUAGCACUAAAGAGUUUCAAUGCUGAAGUAGUUGAUGAUGCUGGUAAUCCUAUACCUCUCCAUGAAACCUAUCUCCAUCAUUGGCUUGUUCAAAGACAUUAUCAAAGAAAAUAUGUCACACACACAGAAGAUGUUAGCCACAUGAUGCUUCAAAACUCUGAUCAUGUUCUUGUAAGGAACAGUGGCAUAUGCCAGGGAAAUGCUAUUUCACAAUACUUUGGACUUGGGUCAGAAACACGAGGAACGACAACAGAUAUUCCAGAUCCUUUCGGUAUAGAGAUAGGUAAUCCUGAAGAGAUUCCACAAGGGUUUGAGGAUAAAUGGUUGCUUAAUGUUCAUGCCAUUGAUACGCGAGGCGCAGAGGAUAAAUUAGGGUGCACUGAGUGCAAGUGCGACCUUUAUAAUGUUACAGUGGAUGAAUAUGGAAGGUCUAUUGGGCCAGAUUAUAAAGGAGGUUUGUUAUGUUGUUAUGACCAUACACAAUGCAAGUUGAAGGAAGGUUUUGAGGGUCCAAAGAGAAGUCUCUACCUAAGAUACACUGUAAAAUGGGUUGAUUGGGAUGAUUUUAUAGUGCCUGUUAAGAUAUAUAUACUUGAUGUUACUGAUACUUUGAAACCAUCAGAUGAUUCAAAAGGAUUGAACUCAAACCAUGAUUGCAAGACUGAGUAUCAAGUUGAAUCUUGCGGCACAGACCAUAAAGAAAGAAAUGGUUGUGUUGAUGUGAAGAGGACAAGUCUCCCACUACAAACUGGUGGCUAUGUGAUCUAUGGUGUUGCUCAUCAGCAUUCAGGUGGAAUUGGAUCAACUCUAUACGGGCAGGAUGGCAGAGUUAUAUGUUCCUCUAUACCAAGUUACGGAAAUGGAAAUGAAGCUGGGAAUGAGACAGGCUACAUUGUAGGAAUGUCCACAUGUUAUCCUAAACCAGGUUCUGUCAAGAUAGUUGAUGGUGAAACUUUAACUCUAGUGUCUAACUACAGCAGCACCAAGGAGCACACUGGAGUAAUGGGACUUUUCUACUUGUUGGUGGCAGAACAGCUCCCAGAUCAACACUUCAGACAUUCUACUCGUUCUUCAUUUUUUAUGGAUAUAAAUAAUAUGCUUUUAGAUAAUUAGUCACAUAUUUGUAAUAAAUGUGGAGUGUUAUUAUGGAUUGUAGCGAAGUAAUAUAUGAUUUGAUCAAAAGAGGAAUAAAGACAAGUCUGAGUGUGACUGAAUAAUACAAAACUUUCUGCAUUUGGCUAGCUAUAGGAUGAAGACAAGUAUGAAGUUUGCAUCAAUGCCGUGUUCUAGUGAUACAUAGUGUGUAAUUAUUUUGGCUUAGUCCACUCUUUCUUGUAUCAUAUGGCUAUGUGGUAAGUUUGCUGUAACGUAUAGCUGCUUAAUUUAAAAGGGAAUUGCUUAGUACGAAA